AUGGAGACCUUGAGCGUGGAGGUGAACAUGUCCGUAGAGGAGGGGACAAUGAUGGCCACAGAGCUGGAAAAGGAGGCCCAGAAGGCACCUGGCUACAAGUUACGGGCAGGAGUCAAAGCCCAACAGGUGGUCCACACAGGUACUAUUGGAGAGUUACAGAUGGCGAUAAAAAGUGAACCACAGGAACUGCUGCAACAGCGCUGGGAAGCUCAGUGGCAGGAGUUCCUGAGGACGCUGCAAACCCCUGACUUCGGAUGGGGGAAUCCACGGAUGGCAACUGAACCUACGCCAUGGGACGAUGCUAAGGCUUUCCUGGCCUCCUUCGAGCAAGUUGCCUCAGCAUGUCAGUGGCCUCGUGACAAGUGGGUAACCCUCCUCUUGCCGGCCCUCAGUGGGGAAGCUGAGCAGGCCUUCAGCAGCCUCGGCGCCCGAGACAGAGAGGAUUAUGGGAAGGUGAAGGCGGCCAUCUUGCAAAGAGAAGCUGUCGUGAGGGAGAAGCAGCGCCAGCACUUCAGGCAGUUCUGCUACCAGGAAGUGGAGGGGCCGAGAGUGGUGUAUGGAAGACUCCAGCACCUUUGCCAUCAGUGGCUGAAAGCGGAGAGGCACUCCAAGGAGGAGAUCUUGGAGCUGCUGAUCCUGGAGCAGUUCCUGACCGUCCUGCCCCAGGAAAUGCAGAGCUGGGUCCGGGAACGGGGCCCCGAGUCUUGUGUGCAGGCGGUAGUCCUGGCCGAGGAUUACUUGUUGAAGCAGAAUGCCCUGAAACGGGAAGGUCAGGUUUUGUUGUCUUUGGGGAUAGUGGGUGCGGAUUCCUCUGAGACCGACCAGAUUCCGCCACCUGACACCUGGAAAAGUGCACUCGGCAAGGUAGCCAAGCAACGUCAGAAAGGAGAUGGAGUCUCGCUUGGUGACCAGCAGGGAUGUGCAAAUGGGAUGGAGGAUCUCCAUCAGGGAAGUUCUGUGCUGUUGAAAGAGGAGUUGCUGGAAAGAGGCCAUGUCUACCAGUAUUAUGAGGAGAUUCAGCAAAGUUCUGAGAAGGAAGAGGGACAGGAUCCAGAAGAAAACGUGGCUGAAUCCGUUCCUUAUUGGGAAGGUGACUCUGGAGCGCUUGAGGGGUACCAUCUUCAGCCACGGGAGCUACAAGAUCCCUCACUGAGAAGAGGCAAGGCUUCCCGCUGCUAUGAAGAGGAAACACGACACGGGGGACAGCAGGGGCCCAGGUCAGAGAAGAACACGGAGGGAGCUCUUCCCAGCAGGGGAGGUAACGUCCGGUGGGAAGAUGUCAAAGGUCUGCCCCGACUUCACCACUGCCACUGCGGAAGGAGCUUCAAGCAUCGCUGUAACCUCAAGGCACACGAGAGGACCCACACCGGCGAGAAACCACACAAAUGUUCAGACUGUGGGAGGAGCUUCGGCAAGGGUUCAACCCUUCGGGCGCACGUACGGACCCACACGGGCGAGAAACCGUACAUGUGCUCGACGUGCGGGAAGAGGUUCACAACCCGCUCGGGACUCCUGACGCACGAGAGGAUUCACACAGGAGAGAAACCCUACAAGUGCUCAGACUGUGGCCGAAGCUUCAUCCAGAAGUCGUGCCUGCUGGCCCACGAGAUCAGCCACAAGGGAGAGAAGUCGUACACGUGCUCUGACUGUGGGAAGAAUUUCGGGCAUAGCUCGGGGCUUCGGGUGCGGGGGAUUUUAGAGAAGGGUGUGAAUUCCGCUAAGGCAGGACAGGUUCUGUCGGAUCCAGAUGACAAUCCGAGUUUAACAGGUGUUGGGCAGGUGCACCAGAAUCUGAGAAAUAGUCUUCAGGAGGAAGUUACUGAACCUGCAGGACCAAGUGAUGCCUCGGUGGAAAGGAGCAACCUUCCCCGGUCUUGCAAGCAGGCAACAAGGCUCAGGAGUCAGCAAGCCCCAGACAGCGAGGGGGGACAUUUUCCAACGGAGGGUGUGGAUCCAGCACAUCUCUGUAAUUUAGAUAGGGAUGGACCCCGAAACCAUGAUUGUGAGGGACUAGAAACAAGUGCUGAUGAAGAAGGAAACUUCAAACAGAAAUCAGGCCUUCUGAAAUGCCAAAGAACGCACUUGGGAGUGAAACGAUAUAAGUGCUCAGAGUGUGGCAAGAGCUUCAGCCGAAGCACAAACCUCCUAGUACAUGAAAGGACCCACACAGGAGAGAAGCCAUACGAGUGCUCUGACUGUGGGAGAAGCUUUACCCACAGCUCCAAUCUCAGGGCACACGAGAAAAUCCACGCAGGAGACAAACCCUAUGUGUGCGCAGACUGUGGGCUGACCUUCUACCACAGCUCAAGCCUUACAGCGCACGAGAGAAUCCACACCGGGGAGAAUGUGUAUAGGUGCCCACACUGUGAGAAAGUCUUCACUCGUAGCUCUGUCUUUCGGAAACACGUAAGAAUCCACACGGGAGAGAAACCUUUCAAAUGUUCUGACUGUGGGAAAAGCUUCUCGCAGAGGUGCAAUCUGAGUAUACAUGAACAGACCCACACAGGAGAGAAACCCUUUAAGUGUUCUGACUGCUGGAGGAGCUUCAGUCGAAAAUGUGACCUCAUGGCGCACAAGAGACUCCACACGGAGGAAGACCCCUAUAAAUGUUCUCAUUGUGGGAAGACCUUCUCUCAGAAGUCCAACCUUGUGAUACACGAGAGAAUCCACACGGAUGAGAACCCGUAUCCAUGCUCACACUGUGGGAAACGCUUCCGCCAGAAGGGAAACCUCACGAUUCAUGUGCGAAUCCACACAGGAGAGAAACCGUACCAGUGUACAGACUGUGGGAAGAGGUUCAGUCAGAAAGGUUAUGGGUCUUGGAAUGAGGCAGAAGACAUGCUUACACCACAGGAAAGGCCACCGCAUGAGAAAAAGCAAGAGAAGUCAUUAGGAUGUACCAAAGAGAGAAUGACCUUGUUCCCUCAGCCAGGAGAUGAUGUUGAAAGUCAACUUGGAAACUCAGCAGAGAAGAGAUCUGAGAAAUCUUCUUCCUGUCCAGUGGUCUACAAAGACUGCAGUGACUCAGAUGAGCACCAGAGGAUCGGGCAUGGGAUUGAAUGUGGUCAGACCUCUCUCCUCAUUCCAUGUGAUGAAACAAACAUCAUUGACAAACUCCACAAAUGUCUGGAAUGUGGGAAAAGCUUCCAUUAUAGAUCCAACCUUGUUGCUCAUGAGAGGACCCACACGGGAGAAAAACCUUUUCAGUGCGCCCAUUGUGGGAAACGGUUCCGUUUGAGCUCACAUCUCUACAGACAUCAGAAGCUGCACACGGCAGAGCGGCCGUACACGUGUCCGGACUGUGGGAAACUCUUCCGCCACAAAACCAGUUUCGGUGCGCAUCAGAGAACCCACACGGGAGAGAAGCCCUUUGUGUGUUUGGACUGUGGGAAGAGCUUCACUCAUCAGUCAGGCCUCAUUGUCCACAAAAGAACCCACACGGGACAAAAACCAUACUGCUGCACCAAGUGCGGGAAAAGCUUUGUCGAUAGGUCGACUUUAGUGGCCCAUGAGAGAGCGCAUAGGGGAGAGAAGCCGCAUAAGUGUGCCGAGUGUGGGAAGACAUUUAUUCACAGAUCCAGGCUCAUAGUCCAUGAGGAGACCCACACAGGAGAAAAACCCUAUAAAUGUUCAGACUGUGGCAAAAGCUUCAGUUUAAGCUCCGCCCUCCUCACACACCAGCAGAUACAUAUCGGGGAAAAGCCCUACCAGUGCUCAGACUGUGGGAAAAGCUUUGUGCAGAGAGGAAACCUUGUGGCCCACGAGAGAACCCACACAGGAGAGAGACCUUAUAAGUGCCCAGACUGUGGGAAAUGUUUCAUUGUCAGCUCGAGUCUCCGAACGCACCGAAGGACCCACACAGGCGAGAAGCCCUAUGAAUGCUUGGACUGCGGGAAGAGCUUCAGUCAGAGUUCGGUCCUCAUGAGGCACCAGAGGGUCCACACAGGCGAGAAGCCACAUGAGUGCUCAGAUUGUGGGAAACGCUUCUCUCAGCGGUCGAGCCUCAUUUCACAUGCACGAACCCACAUAAGAGAGAUGCCAGACUGACUGUGGGAGGCAGAAUUAAAAGGGACCCAGCAUACUUACUAAAAUUACAUAAGUUGUCAUUAAUUGUUCUGUGUA